AGAGGCUAAGCUUCGGCAAGGCGUCUCGACCGGCGCGGCCGUCGACGGGAUUGACAGAAAGGCUUUUUUCAGCAAUUCACGGUGACGAAGAGCAAGACGAGACCGUCGUGCCGAAGACUUGAGUCCCAGGCACCAUAGGUUCGAUUGACUAGGACCCUGAGACCCGCAGCGUCAGGGGAAUUCGACCGUGCAUUGGACGAAGCUCCCCGAUCGCGGUCAACGCUCGCAAGCCACGCCCUGACCAAGCUUAUAUAGCAUCAUGGCCGCAUACGCGCAGAAUUCAGCUUUUAAGCCGCUCCCGCCGCCCGGCGGCUAUCCUCAGGGUUAUCAUCUCCAUGUGCAGUCGCAGCAGCAGCAACACCAGCAGCACUUCGGCCCCGACGGUGUCCCCCGGCCACCCUCGUUUGUCGGGCUGCCGCCUAUUCGCCGCGCUUCCACAUUCGGGUCCUCCCUCGGCCUGACCGCAGAGGAAUUCAUGCCCUCUGAGAACAAUGGCGAAGGUACUUCCCGUCAGCAGCAACCGCACCAACCGCAGCAGUCCACGUCCGCUUCCCAGGGAGGCCAGUCUCAGUCCAGAAUGGCGGGACAACCGACGAGCCAGUUCAUGCCCGCUUCACAGCACUCCGGCCACCAUGUCCAGAGCGUCUAUCGGCCGACGCAGGGCGCCCAGAGCUCUCAAGGUGCCCAGAGACCAGCACAGCAAGGCCAGACGUGGCAGCUGCAGGGCCAGAAUCCCAACCAGCACCACGCCUUCCCGAAUAAUGCCGUCCCCGGGGGUGGCUUCCAACAUGCGGGCAUGCAGGGACAGGGGGCGUCCCAGAUACCGCCGAGAAAUCUCGCCGGCGUUCCUGGGACAGCUGCCUCCGGAAUGAGUGGCGCGGCGCCGCAAACGGGCCAGGGCCAGCAGUUUGUGCCUGGAGGCGGACGGCCGAUGAUGGUUCCCCCUCACCUGUUGCCCGGCAACCUCCUUCAGAGAUUCCAUCCCCACGGUGGCGGCUGGAACCUGCAAGAAUCGCACCUAUCCGAGCCUCUCCAGCCCACAGGUCGUCACCGACGCUCGCCGAGCAGUGCUUCUUCGCAGCAGCAGCAGCAGCAGCAGCAGCAGUACUAUGCCCUCGACAAGGAGACUGGCUUAACGUCGUCUACGAGCACAUCUACGCUGCAGCGGCACAAACCCCUGCAAGCCCAACAGACCCAGCAGGCUCAGCCGACGCAACAACAACAGCAACAGCAACAGCAACAGCAACAGCAACAGCAACAGCAACAGCAACAGCAACAGCAACAGCAACAGCAGCAACAGCAAGCUAGGGCCCAGCAGCCUUCGGGCUUUCCCAGCCCAGAGGACCAGUCUGCCGCCGCUUCUCAACCAGACCAGGAUCCAUCGACAAGCCAUCAGACCGCCGCCGGUCAACGCGCGGAUGGAGAUGCCCUGUCGCGGCUGCGCUCCCAGCAGAACCAUCCAUCACGGCCCGGUGCCAUGUCUGCUGCUGCCAAGGAUGGACCGAAGAAGCGCAACUCUGACGUCUUCACCAGUCUACGAGGCCGGCUCGCCGUCGGUCACUCGGAUAGGCGGCAUGACUCGGAGAACGGCCCGAGCGUCCAGGGCGCCAACGGCGACGCUGCCUCGGUGGCUAGUGCCACGACCGAGGACGUGGUGGGCCAGCAACCGAAUCGCAAUCCAAUGUUCGGCCCCAGGGGCGGUGUGCCCACACCCGACAACCUGUCCUACAGCCACAGCAAAGACAGCGUUGUUGCCCAUGGUCCCGGAACGCCGAUGGGCGAGCGCGUGACACCUCCGCCUGCGUCCCAAUUCGCGCCUCCAGGGACCCAAGGCGGCCCAGGGGGGAAGCUUAACAAGUUCUUUGGCAUAGGUGCUCACUCCAACCCUUCGCAGCCAGGCAGUCAGUACCUGCCGGACAUACCACGGUCCUCAACAUCCGCCACCGGUCCUGAGCACAAGCAUACCGCAAGCCUUGGCGGUGGCCCGAAGAAGCGCUUCUCUGCUCUCAAAGAUGUCUUCUCCCGGUCGUCUCCUAACGACGGUCCGAAGAAUUCGGGGCCAUCUUUUACCGUCAGGAUGCCCACACAAAGCCCGCCCCAAACGCAAAUCCCAGCCCAAUACCAAGGUCAAUCUCUGCUUCAAACUCGUAAUCCAGUUUCGCAAGGGGGGGGCAUGACUGCGCAAGCAGGGCCGAUGGGCGCGCCGCCAACUGUGCCCGGCCUUCAGUCGAGCUCGAGCAACGCUCCGCCCGGCGGGCCUGUUCUCCAGCCAGGCUCAGCGGCCGGGUCACUCUUCGCUGGACAACAGCAAACCGGCCCUGUCACGGGCGUCGCCGGCGUCACGCGGCCCGGGUACAGCACGCCGAUGGCCAUGCCACCUCAACAGAGCCUCUUCCCCAAUCAAAACCAAGACCGGAAGCCCAGCGGGGGGAUCUUUGGCUUUUUGAGAGGCCGGUCAGACUCUAAGUCACAGGAGACGCCGCCGCAACAACACGGCCUACAGGGUGGCCCAGGGCAACAGGUGGCUUUCGCGCCCGGGCAGGGCCACUUCCCGGGCCAGCAACUCGGCUUGCGGAAUCCCCUAGGUCCUGACGGACGUCCAGAGACGGGUGCCAGCCAACAGCCUCAGCCGGGACAGCUGGCUCCUCCACCGCAUUUCGUGCAACCCGGGGCCCCCGGCAGUGCCGGCUCGCUACAGUCGCAGCAAGGUCAAAUGCCGGCUCAACGUCAGAUGAUGGGAAUGCCUCAGCAGUCUGGGUUCCCUCCCGGCCAGCAGCGGGAUGUGCAGUUUGACGGGCAAAGACCGCCGAUGCAGACCCCGCCGAGUCAAGCGUCAAUCCAGGCCCGGCCUCCGAACCAGUCAACGACGGAUCAGCCGCAGGGCACUACCACCGUGUUCCAACGGAGUCAUCCAACCGCUCAGCAAGAAGCAACGAAACCGGCUGAGCCACCAUCUGCCGCGUCUACUGUUGAUUCUCCCAUCUCCCAGCAUUCCCAGCCCGCUACGCAGUUCCCCGUCGAGCAGCCUCGAUUCCAAACCGAAUCUCCGGUCAGCCCGAGGCAGCCUUUCACCGCUCCCGCCCAGCCCGGUCCGAAUCAGACGCAUCAACAGGUCCCGGACCCUCAAAACGGGACGCCAGCUCCUUCUACCCAGGCAGUUUCCCGAAAGCCUGUUCAAACACCGGCUGGCCCUGCCAUGGAUCGAUCCGCCCGACAGGGCUCUGACUAUGCCGUCGACGAUCAAUCCCAAAGGCCCGUGUCUCCGUCAUCACAAGCCCAGACGCCUCUGUCUGGCAUCCCGGGCGAGGAGAUGGAGCAGACUACAGCCGUUUCCUCCCAACAACAGGCUACAGGCGCCCAAAUGCAAACAACGGAUUCCGUAUUGCCAUCGCGGCAAUCACCGCCAGCAACAUUGCCCCGAGAAGGGACCCCGUUGUCUACUCGUGCUCCGGGCUCUAUAGCUGGAGAAUCGAUCCAAGGCCCCGGACCGACGCAGUCCCCGCCUAGCCAGCCACUCAACAGUCAGCCCGGUUUACGGCCACCUACCAAUGCACCAGCGACGCAGGCAGCCCCGGGUCUGGGGUAUACCGCUGGUCAGCAGUCUUUCGUUGCGUAUCAACCUGGUUCUGUCCUCCCUCCUCAUCUUCGUCGGCAGUUCGGACCUGGUAUUGCCCAUCCGAAUGGUCUCCCAAUGAAUGCUCAGCCGAAGGAGAAGGAGCAGAGCACGCUCUCCAAGUUGUUCAAAGGCAACAAAGCGCCCACUCCUACAGGGCCCGCGCCGAAAGCAGAGAAGGAGAAGGGCUCCAAGUUGGCGGUCCUGAGUGCCAUGAGCGCAUUCAAACGCGGAGCUAAACAGCCUGAGACACAAACACCAGCCCAGAUGACUCUUGGGCAGCCUGCUCAAGGACAGUCACCUGCUGCUGGAAUCCAGCAAUUUGCUGCACGGCCCCAACCCCAGGCCCAGUUCCCGCCUCAGCAACAACAGCAGCAGCAGCAGCAGCAGCAAGUCCCGCCCGGGCCCAGUCCUGGUAUGAUGACACGGAGGCCGACGCAACAACAACAAACCGGUCCAAUCCCCACUCCAGCGCUGGCGCAGCCCAGCCAGCAAGCAAUACCUUUGCAACACCCUCCUCGUCAAAUGCGUGUGCUCGCACCAGAACCCGAGUACGACCAAGUCCCGAUUCCUGCAGGAUACGGAUAUGUCCACGGUGAAGGGCGAGUGGCUCCUGCUCCUGCUCCGUUCUACGUCGGCCCCGCACAGAACGCCAACCCACACGCCCCCGUCAGCCUAUUGCCGGCCCGAACCGGGAUCCCUUGGGUGCAAUCUGGGGUCCUAGGGGUCCUAGGGGUCCAGCAGGGUCAACCGCCGGCUUUUGCUGGUCAACAACCGUUACCUCAUACUUCGACGGCGUCGCAGUCAUCAUCAACCCCCCGGUCUCAGACCCCCUCUCAAGCCCAGUCGCAGCACCAGGCCCCACAGGCUACGGACAUCGGCGAUCAGAAAGGCGCCCAGAUCGUAGAGGCGCAUCUCGCAAGCCAGCAGAUUCCCCCCCAAGUGCCUGGGCCUGCGACAGAGGAGCAACCGCAGUCGUUGCCUGCCAGUACCGCAGUUGAUGUUACUGCAGGCGGUUCACCACAGUCAUCCACGGACCCGCCGGCUACGCAGAUUCUCCCAGCAAAUGUGCCGUCUCCAGAGGAGCAGGCCCAGCAUCGGCCGGAGCCAGUUGGCAUGUAUAGCCAAGAUCGCAACGUCUCAGGCCCUCCCCCGAUCCAUUACGCAGUGCAUCAACAGUCUUCUGCCCCGCCGAAUGAGACAAUUACGCAAGGAGCGAGUCAGGCGCUGCACGAUCGGAAAAUGAGUGUGGGCGGCAUUGCAUCACUUCCCUCGCAACAAGCCAGGCAGACGCCAUCCGCGCAUCUAGGUGCGGCUUCCGUCGCGGCAAACGCCGGCUUCCCACCCCGCUCACCCAGUCCUCCUCCUCCACCUGUCGAUCGCGACCCGAGAGCCGUCAGCCCCGAGCACCUAGCUCAGGAACCCUUGUCCCCAACAACAAAGCAACUGACUACGCCGACCCAGCGUGUCGCCGAGGACAACAUCUAUGACGCGACACCACGCCAAUCCCAGUUCCCUGCUCAGCAGCAGCAGCAGCAACAUGAGGACAGCCCCGCCGCUAAACAGUCGCAAGUACCCGUACAGCAGCAGGGAUCGCAGCAUGCCGAUGAUGUCCCGAUCAACACCAUCACGAUCAAUGGCGUCGUCGAGCCCAAGUCAGCCGGACUCUCGCACGACACGACAAGGCCUAGACCCUUCGCGGAGACGCCUGAGCCAAUACUCAACAGGCAUCAUGUCGCCCAUGAUGAUGAUAAUGAUGAUGAUGACGGCCUUGACUCAUCAGACGACUCAUCAGACCUGGAGUCCCCCAUCAUCCAGUCGGCCACCAUCGCAACCGUGCAUGGGGCCGGCAACAGCACAGCAAGCCCCACCAGCAGCCCGUCCUCCCCCCACAACAACAACAACAACAACAACAACAACAGCGGCCCGGCGGGGGCAGCUGCUGCCGCCGCCGCGGCCGCCAACAAGGACAGUCUGGCCAUCUUCGAGCGGGCCAAGCGCAAGGCCGAGGAGCAGCGCGAGGCCGAGAGGCGUCUGGUGCUCGAGGAGAAGAUCCCUGUCUUCGACAACGACCACCACCAAGACGAGAACGACGCGUACGGUGGUGGUGGGGUCAACGGCAGGAAGAAGGACGAGGAGGUCCCGCACAUGAGUGCGACUAGCUAUCCCGGGCAGGAGUGGAAUCCGUAUGGGGAGGGGGGUUACGAAGCGUGGGAUGACUGAUAUCAUCACAGUUUCCAGUUUCUUGUUUCUUCUUUGAGAGGAGGAAUCGUGUCGUGUCGUGUUUGAUUUUUUCUCUCUUCGUGCACACAUAUCAUAUACACAGUAUGGGAUACCUGAUUCUGUUUUUCUUUUUAUAUAUCGAUCGAUCGAUCUGUCGGUCGUGGAGUGGCGUCGUCUACUUGACUGGAAUCUUUUGCUUCGUUUUUCCUUUUUGGAUAUUGAUAUCACCUCUUCUUUUUUUGCUGACGUGCGUAAGGUAAUCUGUCAGGUUUUAUCUCUAACUUACGGUAUUUAUUUACCGUUGUCUCUCUUCCACCUGUUUUUCUCUCUCGGGCUGAACUGCUCCUCGAUCGAAGUGUCUUAGCUUGCUGUUAGUAUUCC